CGUGUUCGUUGCCUUGUGACGCAGUUCAACUCAUGCACUAAAGCGAUUCGCACGUAUAUUUCGCGUGGCACUCGUGUCUGAAGUUCAGCGUGGGCUGUUGAAUAAAAAGCGAUACACUCGAAAGAUUUUCAAAAAGGGAAACUUGUUCUUAGAACGCAGUCAUAUUUACGUUUGAGAAAAGCACAUUUUAGCGAAGUGAAUGAUCAAAAAACCAUGACUCGUAUCAUCGUGUAUUUUGCUCUACUCUGUGCCCUUUCUACGUUCGUGGAAAGCGCAAAAAUUAAAGAGGUGUUGGUUAUAAGGUUGAACACAUCAGAACCGGAAGCUAUUGAAGAGACUAUUACAUUUGAGACGGGAAAAGAAAAGACCGGAAGCGACUCGGGAAUCGUCGAAGUGAAAUACGUCGAAAAACCUAAGCCAUCUACAACAAGAAGACCCGUUGUAGUGAAGACGAGAAAGCAACAUAAUCGUCAUCUUAGACGACGAUGCUGUCAUGCUGGAGAACUUGCUGCCAAGCAUGGUUUAAGCUGUUUGAUUCCACGUCAUUUCAAUCGCUUUUUCUUCAACCUCGUCACUCAGCAUCGCAUGAAGUAUCAGGGUACCAUCAACAAGAAUGACCGUCACAGAUUCCGCUCGAAAGCCGUCAAGAAUAUUUACAAAAACAUCGGGUUUUGCGUGAAGCGUCAAAGGAAGAGUGUCGUGCAAAAAUGCUGUCUCGGUUACAAAACGAAGCAGCGCCGUCGCUUCCAGGGAUAAAAGGCUACACAGAGGAACAACACGUGAUCGGGAAGGACAAUGAUGGAUAAUUGUGAAAAUCUUUGCGAUCAAGCGGAAUAGUUUGGGAUCACACAAAAACUUGUACAUAACUUUAUAAAAGCACGUAUAAUUUAGCAUAGACAUAACCUACGGUAUAGACCUAAACAAUCUAUAACAAUAUUUGUAUAAUAAGAUUUUUCAACCAAAUGGUUGCUUAUAUGAUUGUAGAACUUUUUUAAGUUUAAGCAGAAAAUUUCGGUUAAAAUAGUUAAAUAUAUACUUAUUUUUUUCGUAAAUUAUUGUAUAUAUACUUAAGAGAUUUUUGUUGGAAAAAAUAUUUACACAAUAUUGUUGUUGCUUACCUGCUGA